CUCUCCUUAUAUAUACUCGUCGCUACCUUCCCCUUCUGGCAGUCUCAUCCAAAAACUUGUCAGCUACAUCUUCAACUGACGCUCACUUUCUCAGCUUACUUCACUCGAAUCAACUCGCCAAUCACUCAACCCCGGAUGGACCCUUCCUCAAUCAAAGAAGGGAAACCCACCAAAAUGAAAAAAAGAAAGAGGUUUACUCUCCCUCGCCGGGGGGAAGAGGGGAAACCCACCAAAAUGAUAAAAAUAGAGGGGUUGGAGAUCUGCGUCAAGGCUGCUGAUGGAGCACACGAUUUUCUUGGAGACUGCCCGUUUAGCCAGUGGGUGAUGCUAACUUUGAAGGAGAAGAAAGUCCCGUACAAGACCCACCUCAUCAAUUUAAGUGAGAAACCCCAGUGGUUAUUGGAAGUGAAUCCGGAAGGGAAGCCGCUGAUCAAGAUCGAUGAUAAGUGGAUCGCCGACUCUGAUGUGAUUGUUGGCAUUCUUGAAGAGAAAUACCCUGAACCUCCGCUCACUCCUCCCCCUGAGUUUGCAUCUGUGGGCUCGAAAAUUUUCAUCUCCUUUGUGGAGUUUGUGAAGAGCAAGGACCCAAGUGAUGGCACUGAGCAGGCAUUGCUUGGUGAACUGAAGGCGCUGGAUGAACAUCUCAAGGCUCAUGGUCCCUACAUUGCUGGAAAAAAGAUAACAUCGGUUGACUUGAGUGUGGCCCCCAAAUUGUUCCAUCUUGAGGUUGCUCUCGGCCACUUCAAGAAAUGGACAGUCCCAGAAAGCUUUACUCAUUUUCACAGCUACACCAAGCUGUUGUUUGCUCGGGAGUCCUUUGUGAAGACCAAGCCGGCGAAGGAGCAUGUGGUCGCUGGAUGGGCGCCGAAGGUCAAUGAAGCAUGAAUCGCAGCUUCUGCGUUAUUAGUGUCAACUUUGAUAUUUUGUUAUGGAAGUCAAUAAAUGUACUAUCAUCUCACCCAUGUUGGGGCUUAUGGUAUUUAUAAUUCUACUGGUGUGGCCCGAGUGUGGUUUGAAUGGAGGUUGCAAAUCUUGGCUUAGGCC